CCUGAGUUAAUCUGGAGCAUGAUUGACUGGCAAAUUUUAGGGGAUUAUUGCUAAUUUUUUAGAUGGGAUAAUAGGAUUUAGGUAAUCUUUUUAAAAACAUCUCAAAUAACCCUUCAUUGAGAAUCACUAUUCUAAGAGCGGCAAAAUUCUAAUUUAUCACUUUUUAACUUAUUGGCCAAUACAUUUUACCAUUUGGCAAUGUCUGCAAACACUUUGUGCUAUCACAAAUAGGAAGGGGAUGGUGCUACUAGCGUUUAGUAGGUAGAGACCUGGGAUGUUGCUAAACUCUAACCAUGCACAGGGUAGCCCGCACAGCAAAGUAUUAUCUGGCCCAAAAUUUCAGUUGUGCCUAGGCUAAGAAAGAAUGGUUCAGACAAACAAUGCAUCUAAAUAAUUAUUGUCAAUGUCUGCUAACAUCUCAGUAAGAGAGGAAGAGUGCUUUCUGUGACAAGUACAUGACACUACCUAUAUUAUAUUCUUGCCUACUGUACCCACCAAAAAUGAACUUGAAUCUGAUCAAGCUUCUGAACCUCUCUACUGGUUUAUAGGAAACACAGGGGACUGAAAGUAGUUGCUUCUGGGGAAGUAUUCACGAAAUGAAGGGAUUAGAGGGGAGAGGUGCUCAUUGUUCUUCCUAUUUGAAUUUAUAGUGUUAUUUUUCUUGCUAAUAUAUGUGUUGUCUGCAAUUUAAAAAUUACUUAUGUUCUUUCCCGGUCGUGGUAGCUUUGACAGCGCAUAAUGGCGGCAACCACGUCUGCAGGGGUGCCGGCGACCUUGUCGGAAAAGCAAGAGUUUUAUCAGCUUCUGAAGAACCUCAUCAAUCCAAGCUGUAUGGUGGGGAGGCAAGAAGAGGAAAUCUAUGAAAAUAUCCCAGGAUCCUCAUCCAAGGGUGAGGGCUGCAGCCUGUACUACACUUGGACAGAUGGCUACAGAUUUUGCACCUAAUUUCCGAAAGAAAUUUCAUGAAAUGGUGAUUGCAGCUCUGUUACGUACCAUGGAAAAUCAAGGUAAUCAGCGCGUGUAAUCACAUGCAGCUUCUGCUCUUGUUAUUUUUAUUGAAGAUGCCUCAAAUCAUUCCCAGUUCUGUAUUUGG